AUGUUACCUACACUGAUUCGACUCCAUAAAGCACCUCCUAUGCCCAAGUUCUUUCAAGAGGGCUUGACAUUAGAUCAUUUUCUGCUGCGAGGCCAAGUCAUAUCCUUAUAUCGACAGAUUGUGCGCUGUACUAAAGGCAUGGACAAGGGAGACGCUAAAGAAUUGAUACAGUGGGCUAGAGCCGACUUUGAGCGUCACCGCAAUGAAAAGAGCAUUGAUCACAUUAAAUCACUCAUUUCAUCCGGCAAACAUCAAAUGCAUUCAUUACAGAGUUCAGUUACUUUAGCGCACACAUCCAAGCAAUAA